CAACAACCAGAACUCAUCGACAACCGCCAUCUCGACCGACAACCCCGCCCACGACGACUCUCGCCGACCACUACAGUACGACACCCGCGCCGCGCCCAUCACAAAUAGAGCUAUUGCAUGCCAUAUCCAGGAUUAAUUACGAUAUCACUGACUGAAUGACCCGAGACCGACCGCUCUCACCUCUCGAGCGACACUAACACGAACACACCAUCACAGCACAACAACACGCGCGUGGAGCUGGCGGAUUGGGAAUAUUCACACGACGCCAGUAGCACAACUCUUCGGGUCUUGAUUAGAGCGGGUGUACGCGAUCCGCGAAGAGGGGUCCGAUUGAUGAGAUAGUUCCUUCGCAGGCUGAGCACACUGUGAAUGUCCGAUUGCGCACAGCGAGGUUCCGGUUGCAAAUAUGUCGAUGGAUGAAAUCCCCUCCUCUCCUGCGCCCGAUCUCUCCUCGCCAGAAGUCGCACUAGCAUAUUACAAAUCUCAGUAUGAGCAACUGGAGCAUGAGCUCUCCGAAUUCCAGGCUUCCAGUCAGGAGCUAGAGUCAGAGCUCGAGAAGGAUGUGGAGGCGGCAGAGAAACGGGAGCGCACAUUGCAGGAAAAGGUAGAGGCGUUGGGCUUUGAAGUGGAUGAGUGGAAGGUAAGAAUCUGCGAUACUCGUCUUGAUCCAUCGUGGACUGACGAACCCCGCAGGCCAAGUAUAAACAGUCCAAGGCAGAAGCAAAUUCGGCGCAGAAUACGUUACAGAAGGAGAUUACCACAUUACGAGAUCUGAACCGGACUAUGCAACUGCGCCUUCGUGAUACCGAGGUAGCUAAUGAUGACUUUGAACGUCAAGCCCGCAAUACUUCCUCCUCUUUGGAGGAUCUCGAGUCGAAAUACAAUGUCGCCAUCGAAAGGGCGGUCAUGAUGGAGGAGGAAAUCAAGUUGGGGGAGAAGGAGCGCGAGGAUUUGCGAAUUGAGACUCAACGACUUCGCGACGAGCGAACGGAUAUGAAGAUCGAGAACGAGAUUCUACAGGACAAGUUGAAGAAGCGGCAACUUCCCUCGCUUUCCACCGAUAUCAACUCGCAAUAUUUUGACGGCGAUCAAUCGUUCAACUCGGGUGCAUCAUCGCCUUUGAUUAAUACUCCUCCAGACACCAAGUCAGUCUCUACCGUAGAUACUGUAUCCGAAACACCUACUCCACCAUCACCACCAGUCUCAGAAGCUUCUUUGACCGCCAAACCCGCUGUGAAGACUCCUAUGACCCAGCCAAAGAGCAAAUUAAAAUUGCCAACGGCCGAUUCGAGUACUACCCCCAAACCUGCUUCCAGAAUGGGAUCCCAAAGUUUCCGGACCUCGCGAGGACCAGUACCAGCUUCUACACCAACCGCACGAAGAAGGGAUGCUACUCCGUCCGUUAUUAGAAAUACCAGAGCCAAGGCGCCCGCGACACGUAGCAUGCCCAGUUCGGCAUCUCUUACCCAUAUUAGGUCUCUUACUGCCCAAAUGCAAAGACUGGAACAGCGCGUUCAUUCAGCAAGGUCGAAACUUCCAGCACCUAUCAAUGCGUCUCCUAAAGCCUCGCCUCGAAAUAGUUCUGCGCUAGGUCAUCAUCACAUGCCUUCAAGUGUUACAAUAAGGAGCAGAAAGCGGACUGGUGGUAGCACAGUUAGCCACGGCUCUGCAGCUGGCCUAGACGAUACACCUACAACAACGAAACAUGUUAGUAGAGUAUCAACAUCAGGCAUACACAGGCUUUCUUUCGGUCCCCUCCCUAAUAGGGAGGGGCGUGAUGGCUCGGAGAGCAGGCCGGGCAGUAGAGCCAGCGGGGCAAGUUACGUUCGUCCUGACCGACCUCUGAGUCGUUCAGAGAUAUCAAGGCCUGGGAGCAGGACUUCUAUGGGAGGAACCCGGACACCUCUGGGUCAUUACUCUACACAAAUUGCUGACCAGCGAAGGCCAAGAUCAAGUCUAGGAGGUAGUUAUACCUCUUCACAUGGACAUUCUCAAAGUGUACAUUCUCACAGCGUCUCUGGCAUCGACUUUGACGAGAGCCGAGAAAUGGAUUUCUCUGCUUCUACUGGGAGUCGAAGGAGUACCUAUAGUAAAGGAGACGAGGCACCUAGCGCGAUCCCGACACCUCGAAGGAAAAGCGGCGGCGUAGGUGUAAGGAGGAUGAGCAGUGGACCCGAUAAGGAUACUUCCAUGAAACCACCAUCACGACAGCGCAAACUCAGUGACCUGGGCGAGACCUACUGAUUACACGCCCGCCUUCCGAGUGCAGUGCUGCUCUCCCUGAAAUCCCUUGCCUUUUUCUCAUCUCUCUCCUCGCAUUGGAACAAAUACCCCCUGUAUAGGAAACGACUGUUAUGAAAUGGACCUUUUUUCUUUUUCUUUGUCUCAGAUUCUAUGGGUUUUUUGGGAAAUAUCAGGUGAAAUGGUAUGGGAAAGGGCGGUGGUGGAUCUUUUUAUUUUUUUUUUGCAUGCAUGCAUGGAUGGUGCUAUUGGUGGCGUUUCUUCCUUUUGUUUUUAUUUUGCCCCUCCUUCCCUUGCUUUCUUUUCUUAUGUCCUUUUCUCUGUUAAUUUGUUGAUGGAAGUGAUAGGAUUACUAUUACUUUUGGCUUGAAAUACGCUUGAUUGCAACCCCUUCCCCCUCGGGAAUUUUUUCCAUUUGUUUAUAGUUUUUUUUAUUAGAGGUAUGGAUGGAUGGCCUUGGAGAAUUUGGGCUUGUGUGUGGGUGAUGGAAUGAGAUGGGAGGAUGUAGAAUGAAUGAGUGGAUGGUGAAGUGUAAUGGAGAGGAAAGUAAGG